UUUUCUAUCUGCUUAAACUUAAGGGCAUGCCUGUUUUUGAUUAACAAUUUCUUUGGAAAAAUAAAUCUUUUAUCUGUUGAACUUAAAAAGUGCAAAAGAAAAAUGGAUGUCCUUUCUUUAUACACUUCUUUUGGGUAUAUAUUGUCUGAUUAUGUUUUAUAAACAUUCUUCAUUAUAUAUCCCUUAUUCUCGAUUGUAAUUUAAACUUUUGUAUAAAAGUAGUUAAAAAAGUAAAAUUUUUUUAGAAAAUUUUUAUUUUACCUUAACAUCAGGGAUUUGGUUGGAUCUGGGGUUAUCUGGGGAAAAAGUAUCUGGAGGGGUUUUCUCUGAGCUGUGUCUCUAAAAAUGAUCUACAAUGAUGGUUAAGACAAUUUUUGGAAAAAUAUGCCGAAAACAACCGGACCAUGUGUUCUAAAACACAGACUCGAGUAUUUAUUGCCAUUUAAUCUCUCAUUGAACAUGCCACAGGCAAAAUUGAGUGAAAUUGAGGAAAAAAGACUUGCUGAACAUUCUGUACAAAGAUUGAUUGAUGAUGGAAAAGGAAAAAGGGGCGUGGCUAAAAAUCAUACCUAAACCAUAAAGUAAAGUUCCUUAAUAGGAGGAUUUGAACAGAUGUAGGAGUGGGGGUCAUUUUUUCAUUUUUGGGGAAAUUAGGUAAUUUUUCGUUUAGUGUAGUGAAAAUGGAGAUAUUUCGCUUUGUAUGUUGACGAAUUUUUUUCAAUUUUGUUUCGUUGAGCUGCGUUACUAGAAAAUAUAUUUUGCCAAAAAUCCACGUAUCAUUUUCAUUUUUCUCUAAUUUUAUUUUUGA